AUGGAAAAUGAUUAUAAAUAUCAACAACAGAUGAAUGAUUCAAGUGUCAACGAAAUGAAAACUCGUUUAACUGAAUUUUGUACAAACGUUGAACGAUUACAAUUAUCAAAACAAAAAAUCGAGGAUGAAAAAUUGCAAUUACAAAAAAUUAAUGAACAACUAACAUUACAGAAUCAAGAAUUAAGUGGAAAAAUUCGUCAUAAUGAUCGUGAUUAUCAAGAUCAAGUACAACGCUAUGAAAAUGAAUUAAAAUCUGUCAAAAUACGUUGUGAAUCGGGUGUUGAUCUAUUAAAAAAAGAAAAUGAUUUAACAAAAACAAAAGCAACAAAAACUAUUGAUGAAUUGGAAAAACAACUCGAAUUAAUUACUGAAAAAUUUUAUGAUAUGCAAAAAUUAUUUGAACAAAAAUUAGCUGAUCAACAAAAAACAUAUCAAUUAAAUUUGUCUGAAUAUGAAAAUGCAUAUGAAAAAAAAUUGAAUACUAUUAAAUUUGAAUAUAAACAAAUAUGUGAAAAAUUUGAACAAUUACAAAAACAUAACGAUCUGUUACAACAUGAACUUAAACAAAAGUUGAACGAUAUUAAUCAGCUCAAUGAUUCAUACAUAAAACAAAAAGAAUUGAAUGAGAAAAAUGAAAAAAAUUUUGAGCAAAUGAAAAAUGAUUUACAUUUGGCACAUCAAGAAAAGAUUCAAGACUUCAGUGACAAAGUACGACAUAAUGAACAAUUAUUGAUUGAAAAUUUAAACAAAGAACAGAUGAAAUUAGUCGAACAAUUACGAUUAAAAUAUGAACAAGAUAAAGAAGUAUAUGAUGAAAAAAUGAAGAAUUAUUAUACUAAAGAAUUAAAUGAUCUUAGAGUGAAAUAUGAACAAGUGAUUGAAAAACAAGAUGAAAAGUUUAAACUUGAUAUUAAACAACAAGAAAAAGUAUCCAAUGAAAAACGAUUAAUAUAUGAAAAUGAAAAACAACAGAUAAUAAAUGAUUAUGAAAAAUUCAUUAAAAAAAUUGAAAAACAAUAUGAAUUUAAGAAUGAUGAAUAUGAAAAACGUAUUGAACUAUUGAUAGCAAAAACACAUGAACAAUUGAAAUCGAUCGAAGGUAAGAAAUGUAUCGGAUUGGAUGAUUUUCAUUAA